AUGGGUGUAAAGGGUCUCUGGCAGCUGCUUCAGCCAGUCGCUAGGCCUGUAAAACUUGAAAUGCUGGGCGGCAAGAGAGUCGCGAUAGAUUCUUCCAUCUGGCUCUACCACUUUCUUCGAGCUAUCAAGGAUAAGCAAGGCCACACCCUCACCAAUGCCCACAUUCUCGGUUUCCUGAGGCGUAUACUCAAAAUCCUGUUUUAUGGCCUCAAGCCUGUAUUUGUAUUCGACGGUGGCGCGCCUAAGCUCAAGAAAUCUACCAUUUCUGAGCGCAAGAACAGACGAGAGGGUGCACGCCAGAGCCACGCAUUGAUAGCGUCUAAGCUUCUUUCCGCACAGCUGCGCAAGGCAGCUAUACAGCAACAACAGAAGGCUGAAAAGCGUCCUUCUAAAAGUGGUAUAGACAACGACGACGCAGAUGGAGAUGGGAAUAUAGCUUAUCUCGAUGAUCUCAAUAACACAGCUUCACCAGCAAAAAAAGAGCAGAAAGCAGCAACGCAGAAAAAAAGGCGUCUAGAUCCCUACGAAUUACCAGCAGCACCUCAGCGUCCCAAGUCCAGCAUACCCGAUCCGCGUCUAGCUACUGAAGAUGAGCUGCGUGAUUUCAUAUCGACAAUGAAACCAUCAGAUUUCGACACCACUUCCGAUGCAUUCAAACAGCUUCCUCCGGAAGUGCAGUACGAGCUGAUUGGUGAUAUGAGAUUGAAGUCGAGAAGCACAUCUUUCUCUCGCUUAGAGAAUAUGUUACGAAAAUCGUCGACAGCUAUCGAUUUCUCUAGAGCUCAGAUUAAUAAUUUGAUGCAAAGGAACGAUCUCACUCAAAAACUCAUCAACCACUCCGAAGGUAUGGGUAAAGAAGAAGACGCGCCGGUUGCUUUACGCGUUUCUACUUCGCGGAAUAGAGAGUAUGUCCUCAUGCGUAAGUCUGACAAUGAAGGUGGUGGAUGGGUGCUCGGUAUACAAGACAAGCGAGGUGAAAAAGGUCAGAAACCGAUUGAGAUAUCGAGUGAUCAUGAGAAUGAAUAUGAAAAUGAUGAAAUGCACGUUUCAGAAGACACAGAUGAGGAUGAUUUUGACAUGGAGGAGGUGAACAUACCUCCAGCUGUGGUAACAGAUAUUCCAGUGGUGGAAGAUAGACCAUCUUCAACGCCACAGCCACCGCAACUUGGAUUCGAAGAGAAUGAAGCGCAGUCUACCGGUCUCGAUGCUGCUUUAGAUGAGAGUAUGGUAACCAAAGCCAAAGAAGAUAGCUUGAGACUGCUGAAGGAAUCUACACGCAGACAUCAAGAAAAGGAAAAUGCUACUGAGAGUCUUGACAAGCAGCUGGAUUCCAUCAAGCAUGUGAGGGGUACUGGGAGUGUGGAAGCGUCUAAAAAAGUGGAUCAUACACCGCCCGAUGUUAGACAAACCAUUGUAAAGCCUCCAGUCAAAGCCACAUCUGAACGGAAGAUGAUACCAAAGUAUGUACCAGCUAAACCACGAGGAGAGAAGAAGCGGAAUGUCACGCUGCAAGACUUUCAUGCUAAGCAGCCGCAGCAGCUUCCUCAGGAGACACCCCCACCUGACAAAGAUAUUCCGUUGUUCCCUGACGAAAGUGAGGAGGAAGAGGCACAGGAACAGGAGCAGAAGGAAAAGGAAUCUAUGAGCAGCGAUGCUGAUAUGGAGGCGGUUUACUCGAAAGAGAAAGACGAAGUCAAGGAAAAAACUGAAAAUGUUCGUGAGCAGAAGCAGGAGCCGUCAGGGAUGAUACCAGAGAAACCAAGUAGUCCAAUUACAGUGAAGGAGGAAAAGGUCGAGCCACUACCUCAGCCUUACGAUGUGACGGAGAAGGAAGAGUCAAUUGAAGCUUCAGGCGCAGUACCAGCGCAGCCUGAUACUGGAGGUGUAGGAUUAGACUCAGAUUCCGAAAGCGCUUAUAGCGGCUGGGAGCCAACACCUUCACCCGAAGCAUCCACUUCUGCUGAGCAGGCAGUUGAGCAUGAAAUAGAGCAAGCAGUUGCAUAUGCCGCUGAACAAACCACGGAGCAGCCAAAAAUGCAACCCGAUGGUGCGCGAGAAAUGUCACCACCAAUCGACAUUGACGCCUCCGAUAAUGAAAUGGAAGCGCAAGAAGCGAUAGAGAAUGAAGAAAAGGACUAUAUAGCAUUCAGUAGCAAAGCGAAUAACAAAAAUUAUGAUGAGAUGCUUGAUGAAGCAGACAAGGAUAUUCGACGUUUACAGCAGAGUGCGAAGAAAAUGUCGGGUGGUAGUGACGACCCUACAGUUCAGAUGACUGGCGAAAUACAGAAAAUGCUCAAAGCUUUCGGUAUUCCUUAUAUAACAGCUCCAAUGGAAGCUGAGGCGCAAUGUGCGAAACUCGCCCAACUAAAUCUAGUAGAUGCAGUUAUAACAGAUGACAGUGAUAUCUUUCUGUUCGGUGCGCCCAUCGUAUACAAGAAUAUGUUCAACGAUAAGCAGUUUGUGGAGUGCUACGUGUUGGGCGAUCUGGAGAAAGACCUGUCUUUGUCUCGCGAUAGACUUAUUGAACUGGCAUAUAUCCUUGGAUCAGAUUAUACAAAUGGCUUCAGUGGUGUGGGACCAGUCAUGGCCAUGGAACUAUUGGGUGAUUUUGCUCACGAGUCCCCCAACACGCUCACUGGAUUCAAGAAUUGGUGGACAAAGGUUCAGAAUGGCAAGGAUACUCAACAGGAUACGAGUACGAAAUUUAGAAAGACAUUUAAAAAGAAGAAUAAGAAUUUGCUUCUCGAUAAGGAGUUCCCGGAUUCUGGUGUCAGAGCUGCUUACUACGGUGCACAGGCUGAUGAAAGCAAUGAAGAGUUUGUGUGGGGUAUACCGGAUCUCGAUUCUUUGAGAGAUUAUCUUUACAAUUAUCUGGGAUGGCCUGCUCAUAAGACUGACGAUACUAUCAUACCUGUCAUCAAGCACAUGAACAAUAGGAAACCAGCGCCUCAAACAUCUCUCGAUAGGUUCUUUGAUGAUAGCGCGGGUAGUGGUGUGUUAGGUCCACGCCCAAUGGCUGCGUACUCCAGCAACCGCCUGAAGGAGGUAGUGAGAGCGUUUAGGGGUGGUAGAGUAGAAGACGACAACGAGGAGGUGGACGAAGAUACAGGCAGCAGCAGAAGUAAUGGUAAAGGUAGAGGUAGAGGUAGAGGCAAUGGCAAGAAAGUGACCGCCAGACCACGCAAAUCAGCCAAAAAUCAGAAGGAGGCUACUAAAUCCACAAAGAAAAGGAAGAAGGUGAGCAGCGAAGAAGACGACGCUAGCGAUAAUGCUAGUGCAUGGGAUAGCGAGGACAAUUAG